GAGGAGUGGCUUUAUUGCAUCAGAUACAUGUCACUUUACUCACAGCUGAUUGGUCGAGUUUGGGUUUAGCCGUGUAGCGUCAGUUACCAUAGCAACAAACCCCGCUAAAAACCAAUCCACCUUCAUAAGCCCGAAAAACCAGAGUUUGCUCAAACUAAUCUUGAACUUACCUGGGUAGAAACUGAAACCGCUUUGUGCAACAGGCCAAUGGAGGUAGCAAAAUUAAACGACUUGAACGCUUACUGGAGUUAUCCUGAAGGCUGAGUGAUUUUUUUUUUUUUUUUUUUUUUUUUUUCCAAAAUUAUUUAUUGUACAAAUUUCACAUAUAUUCAACAGAUAUAAAUGUUUCACUGAAGGCUGAGUGAUCUGACUUCCGUUUGCCACGCGAGAUUGAAAGCAGACGCUUUCCAAUUAGUGUACACUUCCGUACACGUCAUAAAUGGCUGAUGAAGGCCUGCUGAAGACCUGCCAAGCGGCAAACACGUAAUUGAAAGAGAAAAAUUAUUGCCCUGUGUUAUUAAUAUAAAAAAAGAAAAUCCAGUAUGUCUAAUGAAGGAGCAAAAAAGAAAGGAAAAGUACCAGGGGACAAAAAAACGUCUAAACGGAGAGCAAAGAGGAGGGAAACUUAUGCAGUGUAUAUCUACAAAGUUUUGAAGCAGGUUCAUCCGGACACUGGUAUCUCCAGCAGGGCGAUGAGCAUCAUGAACUCGUUUGUAAACGACGUGUUUGAGCGCAUCGCUACAGAGGCGUCCCGGCUCGCGCACUAUAACAAGCGUUCGACCAUCACGAGCAGAGAGGUGCAGACCGCAGUCCGGCUCCUGCUGCCCGGAGAACUCGCCAAACACGCCGUGUCAGAGGGCACCAAGGCCGUCACCAAAUACACCAGCUCAAAGUGAUCACCUGAGAGCUGUCCAGGGGGUGGGAAUCUUUUCAGCUCAAAAACAAAAACAAAAAACAAAAUGUAAAGUGAGUCAUGUUUGCAAUCACUAUUCAGUAUUAAUAAAUGCACACUGAAAAUUCGG